AUGUCAAAAGAGGCAGACGACAUUGCCAGCGGGUCCGAGGGCUCUGAGGGAUGGGACGAUGUUGACGAGGGCGUCGACGAGGAGAGCCUGGAAAUCGUCUCGCUCCUGGAUGACAAGGUCUUCCCCGAUGCGCAGUCUAUGCUGGAGCAUCUCAAGAGCAGCUUCAACUUCGAUUUCGUGGCGGUGCGCGACCGGCUCGGCCUGGACUUUUAUGGCAGCAUCAAACUUGUCAACUUCAUCCGAAGUACCGUGAAAGGCGGCAAGUCUCUGCCAGACCAGAUCACUGAGGCGGAUAUCGAGGAUGACAAAUUCCUGAUGCCUGUACUGCCUGACGAUGCGCUCAUCAUGUGUCUGGAUGACCUGCCGUCUUCAUCGGAUGUUGCAGAUGGCAAGGGCAAGGCUCCAGAGGGUGCAUCGACAACAGAGAACGCUGGCGACGCCGCCAGCAAGGACGCCUCACUGCAGGCCCAGCUCGACGAGCUCAACAAGCAGUUCGCCAACUACCGGCUUGCGGUGGAGCAGACCCUUGACAAGAGGUGGCAUGCCGACGAUGAUGGCUCGUCAUCGCGGUCGUCCGCCAGUUCGAAGAAGGAGAAGAAGGAUGAAUCAGCGUACUACUGGGAGUCCUAUGCACACAACGAUAUCCACGAGACCAUGUUGAAAGACACCGUCCGCACAGAGGGCUACCGAGACUUCAUCUACAACAACAAGCACCUCUUCAAGGGCAAGACCGUCCUGGACAUCGGGUGCGGGACCGGCAUCCUGUCCAUGUUCUGCGCCAAGGCCGGGGCAGCACACGUCUACGCCAUCGACAAGUCAGCCAUCCUGGACAAGGCGAACGAGAAUAUCUUCAACAACGGCCUGUCGGACACCAUCACCUGCCUGCGCGGGCGCGUCGAGGACAUCGUGCUGCCGGUCGACAAGGUGGACAUAAUCGUCUCGGAGUGGAUGGGCUACGCGCUCCUGUACGAGGCGAUGCUGCCGUCGGUGCUCUACGCCCGCGACAGGUACCUCAAGCCGGACGGCCUGCUGGUGCCGUCGCACACGACCAUCUUCCACGCGCCCGUGUCGGACCCGGAGUACGUCGCCGACAACGUCACCUUCUGGCGGGACGUGUACGGCUUCGACAUGAAGGCCAUGCAGGAGGGCAUGCUCAAGGAGGUCAGGGUGCAGACCAUGCCGGCCGAGUCCCUCUGCGGCACCGCGAGCACGUACGCGCUGGACCUGUACCACGUAAAGGUCGAGGACCUCACCUUCAAGACCAGCUGGGGGAGCAAGCUCACCAGGGACGUGGACAACGUGGACGGCUUCCUCAUCUGGUUCGACAACUACUUCGCCGCGUCGCGGCAGGAGGGGCCCGAGCUGAUCGAGGCGCCGGCCGACGACUGGGAGGCGGCCCGGAAGGGCGGCAGCAACGCCUUCACGACCGGCCCGCACCGCAAGGAGACCCACUGGAAGCAGGUCCUGAUGCUGGUGGAGGACAAGGACGGCCAUGAGCGCAAGCCUCUCAAGGCCGGGGAGCAGAUCGAGGGCACCCUGUCUUACUCUGCGCCCGAGGACCACGCGCGUGGGCUGCUGAUCAAGGUGGAGUGGGACGGGCUGCCGAAUGCUGAGAAGUCACAGGUCUGGGCUCUAAACUAG